GUUCGCGAACCAAAUAUUUGUUCAUACUUCGUAGCACCCUUGCAGGGAAAGUGUUCGCACCGAGCGUGGGAAAUAGAGUCCUCCUAACAAAAUAAUCAGCCAUUAUUUUGAGUAGAAUUUACAAAGAAGAAGAAGUGGGAAAAAGAAAAAGACAACAAUGGAAAACUGAGAGAGGAGUAGAGAAAGGGAGAGAGAGAUGCAAGGUCUCCAUCAUCAACAACAACAAUUAGCAGGACUUCUCUCUGUUGCACUCGCCAAAGACACUUCAUCAUCAACAAACCCUAAUAAAAUCACCAACACAACCACAGUUUCUGAAGAGGACGAUUCAGCUCGUCUCGCUGCCAUUAACUCACUUCAUAGAACCAUUCUGUACCCUCCUAACUCGUUACUUGUUUCUCACUCUUCUAAUUUCCUUUUUCAAGGUUUCUCCCAACUUCUCUUAGACAAGUCAUAUUCAGUUAGGAGAUGUGCUGCAAUUGCAUAUGGGGGAUUGUGUGCUGUGUUAUGUCCAAACCCUUUAACAAGUAACGGAAGACAAAAUCAUCAUGUCAUUAAUGGUGGUUUAGUUGAUAGGUUUAUUGGUUGGGCAUUUCCAUUGCUUAGAGAUGUUGUCGUUGGAGAUGGGAAUGCUGAAUUGGCAUUGGAAGCACUUAGAGAGUUUCUUAAUGCUGGAGAUGCAGUUGGAAUUGAAAGAUAUGUUUUACCGAUACUUAAAUCAUGUCAAGAGCUUCUUGAGGAUGAGAGAACCUCCUUGAGUAGAUUGCAUCAGCUUUUGGGUUUAUUGACUUUAAUUUCGGUUAAGUUUGUGAGGUGUUUUCAGCCUCAUUUUCUUGAUAUCAUCGACUUACUUCUUGGAUGGGCACUAAUACCAGACCUUCCGGAAUCUGAUAGGUUGGUUAUAAUGGAUAGUUUUUUGCAGUUUAGGAAACAUUGGUUGGGUAAUUUGCAGUUUUCGUUGGGGUUAUUGGCAAAGUUCCUAGGUGACAUGGAGGUUUUGCUUCAAGAUGGAAGCCCUGGAACUCCGCAGCAAUUUCGUAGACUGAUUGCUUUGUUAUCCUGUUUUCUGACAGUUUUACAAGUCACGGCUUCGGAAAUGCUAGAAAUGAAUUUACUUGAGCAGAUUAAUGAGCCUCUCACGAGGAUGCUUCCACAGUUGUUAGCGUGUCUAUCUAUGGUUGGAAAGAAAUUUGGGUGGUCAAACUGGAUUGGUGAAUCUUGGAGGUGUUUGACUCUGUUGGCUGAAAUUAUGGGGGAAAAGUUUUCUAACUUUUAUCCAGUGGCUUUUGAUAUCCUGUUUCAAAGUUUGGGAGAUGAUAGCAUCGCACCGCCUCUCGGUUUUCGUAAGGUUCCAUCGGCUCAUGUUCAUGGGAUGCUAAAAACUAAUCUUCAGUUAUUGUCUCUCCAAAAAGCAGGUGUCCAUCCAUCAUCUGUUCAGAAAAUUCUGCAGUUUAGUUCACCUAUAUCACAGUUGCGUUUGCAUCCUAGUCACCUUGUCACUGGAAGUUCUGCUGCUACCUACCUUUUCUUGCUUCAACAUGGAAAUGGAGAAGUUGCUAAACAGGGAGUUUUGUCCUUGAUCGAAGAGCUAGAGUUGUUAAAGGUCAUGCUUGCUAAUAUUAGCUACCGUGAACAUUCAGUCAGUGGCAUCACAAAUUCCAAGUCAUAUUCUGCACAUGAGCUAUUAGCAAUGGUUAAAUUUGACUUGAAAGUUUUGCGAAGUAGUAUUCCUUUGGGUGGUGAUGUCAGCGUGUUAGGCCAGCCUAAGAUAGCCCUUUCAUACCAAGAGAAGUCGAUUAAAUUGACAUCAUUUAUUGUUGAAAAAUUAAACCCUUUUGAAUCUCCUAUCCGAGGAUUUGUGGAUCUGCAGGUUAGCGUUGUAAGAACGUUGAGUGAGCUCAGUAAAGUUGAAAUUUCAAGCAAGUUUGCUAUGACAGAAUACUCAAGCAAGACAGAUUCAACUGGUGUUAUAGCUGGCAAGCUGUUUCGUGAAAAUGGUCCAAAUGAUGGACAUUGUAUUGUGGUUGUUGAAUACUUGAGGAAGUACAGCUCCCUUCUUGUUAAAUCUCUUCAGGCUUCUUCUCCUCUGACAAUUAAACUAGAAGGCCUAAAAUGGGUUUGCAGCUUCUGCGAGGUUGUUAUAACUGCGUAUGAGAAUGCAAAAUUGGUAAACUAUUUAUGUGCACAAGAGCAUAUUGGUCCCUGCAGUGAUUUGCUUUUUGCAGUUCUGGAUGCAGCUUCAGAUCGGGAACUGAAGGUGAGGUUUCAUGCCGCAUAUGUUUUGGAACUUUUACUGCAAGCAAGACUUGUGUAUUGUGGAAGCUUCUCCUCCAUUGCAGAAGUCGCCCUUGAAAAACUUGGUGAUCCAGAUGUUGCUACUAAAAAUGCAUUUGUGAGGGUGCUUUCUUUUGUCUUGCCUGCUACAGUUUAUUCAUAUGGGCUGAUUGAUUACGAAGCAAGCUUCUCAUCCGGGCCUGGCGUUCUCAGGGUCGGCAAUAGAUCGAACCUUCAUUGGAAGAAAGUAUUUGCUUUCAAGCAGUUACCCCAACAAAUCCAGUCACAGCAACUUAUUUCCAUCUUGAGUUACAUCUCCCAGAGAUGGAAAGUGCCCCUUUCUUCUUGGAUCGAGCGCCUUAUAAAUAGAUGCCAUGCCACAAAGGAAUCUGUUCCAAGUCAAAUGGAAGAAACAGGAACUCUCAGUGCUGAUUGUCUUUGGGUGGACAUACAUGUAGAUGGUGACAUGCUGAAUAAAAUUUGCUCUGUGAACAGCCUGGCUGCUGUUUGGUGGUGUAUACAUGAAGCAGCUAGAUACUGCAUUAUAACCCGUGUCCGAACUAACCUAGGUGGACCCACUCAAACUUUCGCAGCCUUGGAGCGCAUGCUCCUAGAGAUAGCACAUUUGCUUCAGCUAGAAACUGAACAAAGUGAUGGUAACCUGACUUUGGGUUCAUCUGGCGCUCACUUGUUGCCCAUGAGGUUACUGUUGGAUUUUGUCGAAGCACUAAAGAAAAAUGUAUAUAAUGCUUAUGAGGGCUCUUCUGUUUUAGCAUGUACUACGCGGCAGAGUUCCUUGUUCUUUCGAGCAAAUAAGAAGGUGUGCGAGGAGUGGUUUUCUCGCAUAUGUGAACCCAUGAUGAACGCUGGAUUGGCAUUGCAUUGUCACUCUGCUACUUUUCAUUUUUGUGCAUUGCGCUUGCAGGAGUUUCGUAAUCAUGUGACAUCAGCUCUUAAGGACAAAUCUCGGACUCAGGUAUCUGAGAACCUCCUUAGUCUAAGAGCUAGAUAUGCAGGAGACAUUUUCAGGGUUUUACGCCAUGCGUCCUUGGCUUUGUGCAGGAACUAUGAACCAGAGGCUUUAAUUGGACUUCAAAAAUGGGUCUCAGUGACAUUCUCAUCCUUGUUUUCGGAGGAAAACCAGGUUAUAGGCCAUAGUGGAGUGAUUGGCCCCUUUUCAUGGAUCACAGGACUUGUAUAUCAGGCGCAGGGGCAGUAUGAAAAGUCUGCUGCUUACUUUACUCACCUACUUCAGACUGAGGAAGCACUCAGUUUCAUGGGUUCUGAUGGUGUGCAGUUUGUUAUAGCACGCCUGAUAGAUAGCUAUACAGCGCUUUCUGAUUGGAAGUCUCUAGAAUCCUGGUUGUCAGAGUUGCAGUCACUUCGUGCUAGGUAUGCUGGGAAGAGUUAUUCUGGUGCUCUGACUACGGCUGGCAAUGAAAUUAAUGCUCUUCAUGCUUUAGCCCGGUUUGAUGAGGAAGAUGUUGCGGGGGCAUGGGCAUACCUCGAUUUGACUCCUAAAAGUAGCAGUAAGCUCACACUUGAUCCUAAACUGGCCCUCCAGAGAAGUGAGCAGAUGCUUCUGCAAGCAAUGCUUCUUCAUAGCGAUGGCAAGGUAGAUAAGGUGCAAAAGGAAAUAGAGAAGGCCAAUUUGAUGCUAGAAGAAGUCUUAUCCGUUCUUCCGCUUGAUGGUUUAACUGAAACUGCCCCAUAUGCUACCCAGUUGUACUGCAUCGCCGCGUUUGAAGAAGGCUAUAAACUUUGUGGAAACCAAGAUGAAUCAAAGCAACUUCAAGCAAGUCUACGUUUGUUUGAUCAAGUGGCACAGUCUCCAAUUAGUAGGGUUCGUCAAGACUGUAAUUUGUGGUUAAAAGUUUUUCGUAUUUAUCGUGCCGUACACCCAGCUUCCCCAACAACAUUGCAAUUCUCUCAGAAACUAAUAAGUUUAGCUCGUAAACAGAGUAAUUUGAUGAUGGCAAACCGUCUGUGCCAAUAUCUCAGCGAUCAACUUUCAAGUUUCUCCAAUUCAAAGCAUCAUGACUUGCUUCUGAAGAGUUUACAGUAUGAACAUAUCCUGUUGAUGUAUGCCGGAAACAAGUUUGAAGAUGCUUUUACAAAUCUUUGGUCAUUUUUGCACUCUUUUAUGUUGGAGCCAGAAACAUCAAUUUCUGACACUGGCAUUAGUAAUCUGAAGGCUAAGGCAUGCUUAAAACUUUCAACUUGGUUGAGACGGGAUUAUGCAGAUGUAAGUUUGGAAAAAGUUGUUUAUAACAUGCAUGAAGAUCUCAAAACAUUCAGUAAUUGUUCUGACAGUGCAUCUGGAGUCUCCGUCAGUAACCAGAACCUAUCCUCGCCCCCAAGCUUUAGUCUUAUUCGUGAAGAAAUUGUGGGCACAGUUACUAAAAUGUCUUCUCUUUUCUGCCCCACUAUGGGUAAAGCAUGGGUUUCUUAUGCCUCUUGGUGUUACAGCCAAGCUAGAGUCUCCCUCUCUGCUCCACGUGAUAUCCUUCUUCAGUCAUGCUCCUUUCCCACUCUCCUUCCAGAAAUUCAACCUGAUAGGUUUCAGUUGACCAGCAGAGAGAUAUCAACAGUGGAAGCUAUAAUAACAAAGGUUUUUCUGAAAAGAAGAGAUGUAAACAGUCUGAAUGUUGCAAGUGGAGAGCAGGUUGUUUCACCUGAUUCUGGUGAAGAUUUGGAAAAAGAGAAUUCUGUGAAGGAAUUGGUUGAGCAGGUAGUGAAGGUUAUUGAAUUUACACAGGUAAAACCCGGAGUGGAAGAAGCUGGGGACGCAAGCCACGCUAAGGCACUCAGUUCUCAGUUGCAGAAGUCUUUCCUCCAUGUGGAUGCUGGCCUAGAUGAAGCUGAUAUUUUAUCUUCAGUUCAGGAAUUGGUUGAGGUUUGGCGGUCGCUGAAGCGCAGAAGGGUUUCACUGUUUGGAUAUGCGGCGCAUGGUUUUAUGCAAUACCUUUCACAUUCAUCCUCCAAGCUAUGGGAGGGUCAGUUCGCAAGCCCCGAUCUAGAUUCUGCGAAACAAAAGUCCGGAAGCUGCACACUCAGGGCGACGCUAUAUGUGUUAAACAUUCUUCUCAAUUAUGGAGUGGAGUUAAAAGACACGCUUGAAGCUGGGCUUUCCACAGUUCCAUUAUUACCCUGGCAGGAAAUUAUUCCCCAGCUUUUUGCUCGGCUAAGUUCUCAUCCUGACCAAGUAGUUCGAAAGCAACUAGAGGGCCUGUUGAUGAUGCUAGCAAAGCUAUAUCCUUGGUCCAUAGUUUACCCUACACUUGUCGAUAUAAAUACUUAUGAAGGGGAACCUCCUGAGGAGCUUGAGCACAUACUUGGUUGUUUGGGAAAUCUUUACCCAAAACUAGUUUCGGAUGUUCAACUAGUGAUAAAUCAGUUAGGAAAUGUGACUGUUCUUUGGGAGGAACUGUGGCUUAGCACACUCCAAGAUCUGCAUGCAGAUGUUAUACGGCGCAUAAAUAUGCUCAAGGAGGAAGCUUCGCGGAUUGCUGAGAAUCUCACUCUUAGCCAUAGUGAAAAGAACAAGAUAAAUGCUGCUAAAUACUCGGCGAUGAUGGCUCCCAUUGUUGUGGCCUUGGAGCGUCGUCUAGCUUCAACUUCCCGCAAGCCUGAAACCCCACAUGAGAUAUGGUUUCAUAAGGAGUACGGAGAACAAUUAAAAACUGCCAUUUUAAACUUUAGGUUGCCUCCAGCAUCAACAACAGCUCUUGGAGAUGUGUGGCGACCUUUUGACACUAUUGCAGCUUCUUUAGCAAGUUAUCAGAGGAAGACAUCAAUCAUUAUGGGUGACGUUGCACCGCAGUUGUCUCUGCUAUCGUCCUCUGAUGUUCCAAUGCCUGGUCUUGAGAAGCAAAAUACACCUGAAUCUUCUGAGAAUUCUACCGUCAAUCAUCAGAGAACUGUAACUAUUGCUUCUUUUGCCGAACAAAUCACUAUCCUAUCUACCAAGACUAAACCUAAGAAAAUUGCUAUACUGGGAUCAGAUGGCCAGAAGUAUACAUAUCUCCUGAAAGGCAGGGAGGACCUGCGUCUUGAUGCUAGAAUUAUGCAGCUCUUGCAAGCUAUUAAUGGGUUUUUGCAUUCGUCCCCUGAUACACGUCGUCGUUCACUUGGCAUUCGUUAUUAUUCCGUGACACCUAUUAGUGGUCGCGCUGGUCUUAUCCAAUGGGUUGACAAUGUAAUAAGUAUAUAUAGCGUCUUCAAAUCUUGGCAGAGCCGUGCUCAGUCAGCACAAAUGUCAGCGAUGGGUGCUGGCAAGAUACACAGUGCAGUUCCUCCACCUGUCCCUCGGCCGAGCGAUAUGUUCUAUGGGAAAAUUAUACCAGCGCUCAAAGAGAAAGGUAUAAGGAGAGUAAUCUCAAGAAGAGACUGGCCCCAUGAAGUCAAGAGAAAAGUUCUUUUGGAUCUUAUGAAGGAAACCCCUAGGCAGCUUCUUCACCAAGAGAUGUGGUGUGCCAGUGAAGGAUUCAAAGCGUUCAGCUCCAAGUUAAUGAGGUAUUCUGGUAGUGUAGCAGCCAUGAGCAUGGUUGGACACAUACUGGGCCUAGGGGAUAGACAUUUAGAUAAUAUUCUAAUGGAUUUCUAUAGUGGAGAUAUUAUCCAUAUAGAUUAUAAUGUUUGCUUCGACAAGGGGCAAAGGUUAAAGAUUCCAGAGAUUGUCCCUUUCCGCCUUACCCACAUGAUUGAAGCAGCCUUGGGGUUCACAGGAAUUGAGGGGACCUUUAGAGCCAACUGUGAAGCAGUUAUUAGUGUCUUGAGGAGGAACAAAGACAUAAUCUUAAUGUUGUUAGAGGUGUUUGUUUGGGACCCACUAGUAGAGUGGACACGAGGGGAUGGCCAUGACGAAGCUGUGAUUGGUGGUGAGGAAAGAAAGGGCAUGGAGUUGGCAGUUAGCUUGAGUUUAUUCGCAUCUCGAGUUCAAGAAAUCCGUGUACCUUUACAGGAACACCAUGACCUGUUUUUGUCUACCUUACCUGCUAUUGAAUGUGCGCUUGAGAGGUUUUCGGAUGUUCUUAACCAAUAUGAAGUUGUUUCUGCCAUCUUCUACCGUGCUGACAAAGAGAGAUCUAACCUUGUACUGCACGAGGCAUCUGCAAAGUCUAAUGUUGCAGAGGCAACAUGUAAGUCAGAGAAAGCACGUGCCUCCUAUGAGGUUCAGGCUCAUGAGUUUGCUCAAGCAAAAGCUGCGGCAGCUGAGAAAGCCAAAGAGGCAGCUGUAUGGCUGGAACAACAUGGAAGAGUUCUAGAUGCUUUGCGAAAUGGUUCAAUUCCUGAGGCUCAAGCAUGCAUGAAGUUGGGUGGCAUGAAAGAGGCUUUAUCCCUUACAUCUGCUGUCCUGGUAACAAGUGUCCCAUUGACAAUUGUCCCUGAGCCAACACAAGCACAAUGCAAUGAUUUAGAUAGGGAGGUUUCCGAGCUUAUAACCGAUUUAGAAGGUGGACUUUCCUGUGCAGUAAAAUCACUCCAGGCGUAUGCACUGGCAUUGCAAAGAACUCUACCGUUGAAUUACAUAACAACAAGUCCGAUACAUGGCUGGGCACAAGUUCUCCAGCAAUCAUUAAGUACACUUUCAUCAGAAACUCUUUCUCGUUCCAGAAGACAAGCAUCUGACCUAAUUGUGAAAGCACAUGGGGAUGCUCUUGAUUCGGUCCAGCGAAGGUAUGAUGAGCUGUGUCUGAUGGUGGAGAAAUAUGUUAUCGAGAUAAAGAAAGUCGAGCAAGAGUGCUCUGAACUGGUGAACUCUCUUGGCUCAGAAACUGAGGCCAAAGCUAAGGAUCGUCUUUUAUCUGCUUUCAUAAAGUAUGUGCAGUCAGCUGGUCUUUCAAGGAGAGAAGAUGAUGUAUCACAUGGCACAACUAGGGAACCCAGGUUGCAGGAAGAAUUCGAAGAGAAGAAGGAAAAAGUAUUAUCCGUUCUACAUCUUGCAGCUACUGGUCUUUAUGCUGAAGUUAAAGAUAAGAUUCUCGAAACCUUGAGUAGUUUUAGUGGAAGAAGCGGAUGGAGACGUGCAGAAGAGAGUGUGCAAGCUGAUUCAGGAAUCAUUUGCUCUGAGUUUGAGGAGCAAAUAGAGAAGUGCUUGCUUGUUGCAGGGUACAUUAAUGAGAUUCGACAUUUUAUUGACAUGGAUGUACCGAGUACAGAUAAUGACCCUGCAAAGUAUUAUUCAGAAGGGAACUGGGCUUCAAUUUUCCAGGCUGCUUUACUCUCAUGUAAGAUCUUGGUUGGAAAAAUGACUGAAGCUGUUCUUCCCGAGAUAAUUAGGUCAGUCGUUUCAUACAAUUCAGAAGUUAUGGAUGCAUUUGGAUCCGUUUCACAAAUUCGGGGGUCGAUUGAUAUGGCACUCGAACAACGUGUUGAUAUCGAAUUAGAGAGGGCAUCCUUGGUAGAGCUUGAACAGAACUACUAUGCGAAGGUUAGUCACAUCACAGAAAGGCAAUUGGCUCUUGAAGAGGCUACACUUAAGGGUAGAGAUCAUCUUUCAUGGGAAGAAGCAGAAGAGCUUGCAUCUCAAGAGGAAGAUUGUCGAGCACAGUUAGAUCAGCUCCAUCAAACAUGGAGUCAGAAGGAUAAGCGAACGUCAUCUUUAGUGAGGAGGGAGUUUGAUGUUAGAAAUGCACUGGUUUCUUCUGAACGCUGUUUCCUAUCUCUAAUUAGUAAUGAACAAGGAACUGAUCCACAUAUCUUCAGAAGCAAAGUCCUUCUGGCUAAAUUAGCCGAACCCUUUUCUGAGUUGGAAUCUAUUGAUCAAAUUAUAUCCACUUCUUGUGCCCAUCCUCCAUCUUACUCGUAUGGGUCGUCUAAUGUGGUUGAUUUGAUGACCUCUGGCUAUACAGUAGCAGACUUGGUCUGGAAGUUCUCCAGUUUACUAAACAAUCACUGCUUCUUCAUCUGGAAAGUGGGUAUCAUGGAUGCGUUUCUUGAUUCUUGCAUACACGACAUAUCUUCUUCUAUGGAUCACAGUUUCGGGUUCGAUCAACUGUACAAUGUUUUGAAGAAGAAGCUUCAGACACAACUUCAAGAGCAUAUAGGUCAAUACUUAAAAGAACGUGUAGGUCCUGCUUUUCUGGCUUGUUUGGAGCAAGAAAGUGAACACCUAAAAAAACUAGCUGAGGGAUCAAAAGAAGUUGGCCGUGAACAGUUAAGAAGGGAAGUUGAUACCGUGAAGAAGGUGCAGCUUAUGCUUGAGGAGUACUGUAAUGCACACGAGACUGCUAGAGCUGCAAGGUCAGCAGCUUCCACUAUGGCAAGACAGUUGAGUGAUCCCAAGGAGUCUCUUUGUAAGACAAUCUUUGAGAUUGUUCAGAUGGAAUGGUCACACAAUAUUUCCGUACCAUAUCUACAUAAAAACAGGGACCUCUCUCAGGAUUUUCUUGGUAGUGAUAAUAAUGUAUACCCCAUAAUUCUAAACCUCGACAGAUCAAAAUUGUUGGAAAGUUUGAAAUCAUCAGUCUCGUCGAUUGCCAGAUCAGUGGAGGGCCUGCAAACUUGUGAAAGGACUUCUGUUUCAGCAGAGGGACAGCUUGAAAGAGCCAUGGGGUGGGCUUGUGGUGGUCCAAAUCCUAGUGGAAAUACUUCAGUCAAGAGUUCAGGAAUCCCCCCAGAAUUUCAUAAUCAUCUUAUGCUGCGAAGGCAGCUGCUCUGGACAGCAAAAGAGCAGGCAUCAGAUAUAAUUAAAGUCUGCACAUCCAUAUUAGAGUUUGAAGCAUCUCGAGAUGGUGUCUGCCUGAUGCCAGAUAGGAGUGCUGGUGAUGAAAGAAACUGGCAGCAACCGUACCUGAAAACCAUAUCGAGACUGGAUGUUACUUAUCAUUCAUUUACUCGUGCCGAACAGGAGUGGAAGCUGGCUGAAAGCAGUAUGGAAGCCGCUGCCAAUGGCCUUUUUUCUGCUACUAAUGAACUUUCUAUUGUAUCUGUUAAAGCAAAGUCAGCGUCAGGUGAUUUGCAAGGCACACUUGUAGCAACGAGGGAUUAUGCCCAGCAAGCCAGUGCAGCACUGUCUGCUUUUGGUCGCAUUACAAGGGGCCAUACAGCUUUGACAUCUGAAUGUGGUUCAAUGCUUGAAGAGGUUCUGGCAAUCACAGAGGGGCUGCACGAUGUUCAUAGUUUGGGAAAAGAAGCUGCUGCAGUACACAGUGCUCUUAUGGCAAAUUUGUCAAAGGCAAACGUGAUACUUCUGCCUCUUGAAUCAGUGUUAUCUAAAGAUGUAGCUGCCAUGAAUAAUGCUCUUUCUAGGGACAGAGAGAGCAAUAUAGAUAUUCCUCUCAUUCAUGGGCAAGCUAUAUAUCAGUCCUACUAUUUGAAGCUCAAAGAAGUUCGUCAGUCGUUGAAGCCCUUGGUACCAUCACUUACUUUAUCCGUGAAGGAUUUACACUCCAUGUUGAUGAAAUUAGCACGAACUGCAAGCACGCACGCAGGCAAUUUGCAUAAUGCUCUAGAAGGUCUAGGAGAAAGCCAGGAAGUAAGGUCACAAGAUAUUUCCUUUUCAAGGUCGGACCUUACAGAUGAUGCGGGUAUUGUGGAUAACAAGGAGAUGACUAUAUCACCCUUAACUAGCCAAUCUCGUAGUCCUGAGAAUCUGGAUGUUAGUGGAUUCUCGUUGCAAGGCGAAGGAUGGAUCUCUCCUCCUGAUAGCGUCUACAGUAGUAACUCAGAAUCUGGGAGUACCUCAGCUGAUACAAGUCUUCUUGAAAAUGUUAAUGAUGAAGCUGGUGAGGCAGAUCAUGAGUUCAGCAGCAAUGAAGUUGCAGGGUGUUCAAAUGUCGACAAACGUCCAUCACAUCAGGAGGCAGAUUCCCAAUAUCCAGGUCUCAAGGACAAUGACAGUUUAAUACAACAUACUCCAGUCAAAAACAAGCAACCUGACGUUUUGGCGGAGGUCGAGGGGGAAAUUUCCGAUGUUGAUCCUCAGCAUUCUUCAGGUAACGAAAAGUCAGAGGAGGUGAAUAUUGAUAUUGGAGAUGAAACAAUUGCCGUGAACCAAGUCAAAGAGAAUUAUCGUAAUAAGGAAGCUCUCGCACUAUCUGUGGAUGUUGCAACUCGCAUUACAAGGAGUAAAAACCCGUAUGCAUUGUCAGUGCUGAAGCGAGUUGAUAUGAAACUAGAAGGCCGAGAUAUUGAAAAGGGCAGGGAAAUUACUAUUGCAGAGCAAGUGGAUUAUCUUCUUAAGCAAGCUACCAGCGUGGAUAAUCUUUGUAACAUGUAUGAAGGUUGGACACCAUGGAUUUGAACCUAUUUCAUAUUAUCAUGCCUCAGAGUGGGGAGAAGGGUAUCCUUUGCAGUAUCCGGAGAUUGAGAGGACCUGGCAAUAUUUGGCAGUUGAUCUGGAGAGUUUGAGUAAAAAGCAAAAUUUUGAUAAUACUUCCUUGAAUGAAGUCCAAACAUCUUUCACACCCGAGAUCCCCUCUCAGAUGAAAGCAUGCGCUUGCAGAGUUGGGUGGAGGACAGCGCUGAAACACUCGUGGUUUAUCUGCGUCAUCACUGGGAAGGCUGUACUGAAUAGCAUGCUCUCAAGUGGUAUCUUCGUAGACGGAGAACUUGAUGAACAUGAAAACCAAAUCAAUGAAAAUUCCACCUUCAGUUACAGGCUUACAGCUACUUCCUACACUGUUAGAAAGUAGUGUGUCAAGGUUUUGUGGUGGAACCUGCUUUAGGUAUUCACACUCCGAACAAUAACAUCUUUUGAGGACAUUUACCUUCAUAGAUGUAAUCCACAUACAUGGAUCCCAUGUAAAACUACAUAGAAGUGAAAUAGUAUAGUUGUCCUUUGUUUAUAGUUAACAAGAAGAGAUGCAUUGAUUACACAGGGAAGGGUUGUGCUCAUCCACAGCAAAUUUGUAUCUUUUCAGUCAGUCUAUGAGAUCUGUUGUAUAUCUGUUGUUAGUUUAGUAGUUUUAGUGAUUUACAUUGUAUAUAUUUACUAAAUUCUGUGUUCUAAAGAAACCGUUUGAUGCC